CUACUAUUGGCUAACGACUUGUUCUCCUGUAUCAGAUGGCAGUGUGUAUGACUGCCCUGGAGGCGGAGCUAACCAACGCUGUGGAAGGGACUGUACUACUAUUGGCUAACGACUUGUUCUCCUGUAUCAGAUGGCAGUGUGUAUGACUGCCCUGGAGGCGGAGCUAACCAACGCUGUGGAAGGGACUGUACUUCUAGAGGAGGGCAAGGCCCAGCUGGUGCUACAACUCAAUACCCUCAGAGAUAAGGUAGCUAAGAUGGGGGCUGUAGAGUGUCGGCUCUCCUCCCUCCUGCAGGAACGCAAGGCUUUGGAAAAACAAACCCAGGGAUUACGUAACCAGCUAGCCAAGUCUCAGGAGAGGAACCAGGUGUUGGAGGAAAGCCUGCAGUCUGACCUCCAAAGCGCCCGUCUCAAGUCAGACCUCCGCGUGUCACAGCAAGAGAAGGACGCCCUCAAACAGGAAGUGAUGUCACUGCACAAACAGCUGCAGAGCGGCAACGACAAGAACCAGGUUCUGGAGAUGGCCCUGCACUCCAGCGGAUACCAGAGCCAGCAAAAGAAGCUGUACCAGGAUGAGCUGGCCAGGCUGGUGGAACAGGAACAGCAGCAGCUGAGGCAGGAGAACGAGAGGCUGACCAUGGAGCUCCACCACACCAGGGAAAAGCUGGAGGCAGCCAUCUUAACCGUGAAACAGCAGAGACAGCAGGGCCAGUCCAGCGUGGGGAAGACUGUGGAACAGGAGAAGACUGCUCUGAAGAGAGAGCUGGACGUGAUGCAUCAGGAGCUACUCUCUGCUCAGAACAAGGUGUGUGAGGUUCAGCGAGAGCUGGACAGUCUACGUCAGGAGAAUGAGGGGCUGAAGACCCAACAGGCUCCACUACAGGCCUGGCUUCAGGAGGUCAGUUCUCUGCCCGCCUUCCCUAACUUCUCCCUCACUUGUACUCUGGACUUUAGUCUACCUGUCAAACACCUGUCCUCUUUUUUUAAAUGUCACCUUUCUCCCUCUUCCUUACUCUUCUGUAAUCUCCUAUAUUUAAAAAAAAAAAAAAAAAAAGAAGUUUUUGUAACACCGAUGAUUUUCCAGAAACACUAUAAAAGUUUGCAGAGCACUGGUGCCUCCUGUCCCAAUCCACCUGUCCCCUCUUUAACACAGCCUCUAUCCACCUGUCCCCUCUAACACAGCCUCUAUCCACCUGUCCCCUCUAACACAGCCUCUAUCCACCUGUCCCCUCUAACACAGCCUCUAUCCACCUGUCCCCUCUAACACA